AUGCGCAUUGCUCAGCGUUUACUCAUGGCCACGCCGGCCUCGAUCGGCUCGAAGUCCAGUCUCAGCGAGGCCCUCGCUCUCCUCCCGCCGCUACAGCUUUACCGGCGCAUUCUACGCGUCCAUCGCAAACUCGAACCGGAAAUGCGCGUCUUGGGCGAUUCUUACGUGAAGAAUGAGUUCCGUGCGCAUCGGAGUGUGGAGAACCCAUUGCAUAUUAUUGGGUUCUUGACCGAGUGGCAGCUAUAUGCGCAGAAGUUGGAGGGUGAUCAAUGGGCAGGAGAUAAGCUGGACCAGGGCAAGUUGGAUAAAAUGAGUGAUCAGCAACUUGGACAGUUGCUCGAGCUUAUGCAGGCUCUGAAGAAUGAGGGAGAAGGAGAGGGCCAAGGUCAAUGA